UCCAGUAUGGCGGCCGGUCUCCUUAUAUUGUACGGCGUCUUGGUAAUACUACUUUUACUUUACUACUAUCUUAGUUCAAUCCACAACUUUUGGAAAGAUCGUGGUAUACCUGGACCACAGCCCACGCUCAUCUUUGGCAACCUUCGACCAGUAACAUUCGGAAAAAUGUCCUUCGGCGAGACCAUAAAACAAAUGUACAAUGAGUACAAACAUGUGCCAGUGUUUGGAAUUUUCGAAGGGAAUACACCAAUUUUGGUUGUUAACGAUUUGGACAUGAUUAAAGAUGUCCUCAUCAGGGACUUCUCACUUUUCGCUGAUCGAGGAAUGCCAAUGUUUCCCAAGGUGGAACCACUGGUCGAAAAUCUAAUCAAUUUAGAACCAGAAAGGUGGCGGCCAUUGAGGACAAAACUCUCGCCAGUAUUCACAUCUGGUAAGAUGAGAGACAUGUUUCACCUCAUGGUAGAAUGUGGACAGCACUUGGAAGAAUAUUUACAUAAAAUAGUGUCGAACGAUGAGCCCAUCGAAUGUGGCGAACUAGCUGCAAAAUUCACUACCGACGUAAUCGGUAGCUGUGUCUUUGGUAUUUCCAUGAAUUCACUCUCCGACGAGGACAGCAAGUUUCGUACGAUGGGCAGACAAGUGUUCGCCCCUUCUGUUCAGACAUUCAUGAGAGACAACUGCAGACAGUUGUUUCCCAGUUUGUACAAUCUAGUGGGUUAUAUAUUUCAGCCACAUUACAUUACGGACUUCUUUAAGAGUGUAGUUGUGGAUACGAUGAAUUACAGGGAAAAGAAUAAUAUAAUUAGACCUGACUUUAUUAACAUGCUUAUGGAACUCAAGAAGAACCCACAUUGCUUGGAAAAUAUUAAACUGACAGAUUCGUUACUCAGUGCGCAGGCGUUAGUCUUCUUUCUAGCUGGCUUUGAGACGUCCUCGACAACGAUGAGUCAUUCACUUUACGAGUUAGCAAUGAACAAUGAUAUACAGGAUAAAUUACGAAACGAAAUCAGAGAGAACUUUGCGCAACAUGGUGAAACUUUGACAUACGAACGGGUGAAACAGAUGAAGUACUUGGAUUGGGUGUUCCGAGAGACUCUGCGGAAGUACCCAAUCGUGCCAGUGCUGAUGAGAAAAGUAUGCGCAAAUUACACUUUUAAGGGAACAAAUAGUACUAUCCCAAAAGGUACGAAGAUAUGGAUACCAGUGUAUGGAAUUCAUCUGAACCCUGAAAUUUUUUCGAAACCUGAAGUGUUUGAUCCUGAAAGAUUCACCAAAGAUGCCGUUUCGGCCAGACAUCCGAUGAGUUAUUUAGCUUUCGGCGAAGGACCAAGAAAUUGUGUCGGAGCCCGUUUCGCAUUUUACCAGAGCAAAGUUGGACUUAUCUCGAUUCUUCGUAAGUACAGAGUCGAUGUUUGUGAAAAAACAACAAUUCCGUAUGAGUCUGCCAGUCACACGCAGCUGUUAACACUUAAAGGUGGAUUUGUAUUAAAAAUAACGAAAGUAGAAUAA